AUGAUUGAAGAUUUGCCCUUGAUUUCUAUUAAUAUUCGCAUUUAUAAAUUUUGGUCAUUUCUUUUAGGCAACACAUGGCGUAGAUACCUGUGUUAUAUGCUCUGUUUUACACUAAAUAUUGCACAGCUCUUUGAUAUGUUUAUGACAUCUGAAGCUAUUGAAGUAAAAAUUCGUUAUGCUUACGGUUUUGGGCUGUGGUUUGACACGAAUUUAAGAGGUAUUAUGCUUGGAGCUAGAAGAUUCGCCCAUGAGAACUUUUUUAAACAGCUGGAGACAUUGUACCUUGAAAUUAAAAACAAUGCAACGGAUUCAAAUAUUAUAAAACUUCUGGAUGAUACUACUAGUUUUAGUAGAAAACUUUCAAUUAUUAACUUAAUGAUGGGAAGUAUUGUAUAUUCAUUUUAUUUACCAUAUUUUAACAAAUUAGCAACUCCAUACUAUGAAAUUAUUUAUGUUUACAUGACACUUAUUACUCCUAUAGGAUGUAUGACUUACAUUCCAUAUUCAAGUUUAAUCGUUUCCUCUCUUUUAUUUGGAAUAUUAAUGUGCAAAAUCUUACAGUAUAGACUGUUAAAUUUGCAUGGUGAACUAAAUUCUGAAAAGGAAUUAAUGGAUAAAGUGGUUUGGUGUGUGCAGUACCAAUUAAAAUUGAUUGAUUAUAUUCAGCACUUUAAUAAACUAAUAUCGUACUUAUUUUUAAUUGAGUUCAUCAUUUUUGGAGCCAUUCUGUGUGCCUUGUUAUUUAUGUUCUUAAUCGUUAACGAUGUACCACAAACAUUAAUUGUUUCUACCUACAUUUUAAUGAUAUUUGGGCAAAUAGCUUCAUUUUCAUGGUUUGCUAACGAACUGUAUGAGGAGAGCUUAAAAAUUGCCUAUGCGGCUUACUCUACCGAUUGGAUACAUUAUUCGUCAGCUUUCAAAAAAUCAAUACUUUUACUAAUUUUGAGAUCGCAUAAACCACUAGCUAUGAAAAUUGGAAACGUUUUUGAUCUUAACUUGACACAGUUUCAAUCGUUAAUGAAUACCACAUAUUCAGCUUUUACAUUACUUAGGCGUUUUUACUAA